CGUGUUGUGACGCGGUCCCAAAACUGGACGGAGAGGAUCUUCUACUACGAACCUCCACGAGCCUCCCUAUCAGGCUAAUCGAGGCCUGCCGUUCGUUGCUUUCGACCAUCUGCUACGGCGACAAAGGAUUCUGGAGUUCUGGCAUUUGGAGAUUGGCCCAUGUCAUACUAAGGUCCUCGGCUGGACAGGAGGAAUACUGAAAGAUACCCGGAACUAUGCCCAACAUUUUGUCGCGUUUCAGGAGAAGAGCAACCAGUCUGCCCGUCACAGAGGUUGCCGAGCAACAACCUGCGACUCCAGGGCCUUCUACUUCGCAGAGCGAAGCCGUUUUGAAUCAGAAGAUACACCCGAAUUUGGCCGACCUCGUUAAUGAUUUUCCUCCCGUAUUUUUCUCCCAACCGACUCCUAUUCCUCAACCCAGCAGGCCCAGCACUUCUACGGAACGCGACGAUGGAAUAAUUCCAUUAAAGCCUGCUAGAAGGACCAGGCGGCGUUCAUCUGAUACAUCUGCGAAGCAGAACUCAAUAGCUCCAACGAAAGUGGCAGGCCAAUUAGAAAAACUUCCUGAAUCUCCAACCCCUUCGCAUCCAGCUUUACCUGAUUCAGUCGAUGUUCCUCAUGACAUCCAACAAGUUCCUAGUCACGGAGUCAGCACACGCAAUGACUCUACACGCGAUAACGACGACGGAAUAACCCCGGCCGUGCCGUCAGUAACCAGGCGUCGAUCUGAUGCAUCCGCCAUACCCUCAACGACGGCCGUCAGGCCCUUGGACGACCUUCAUCCCUCACGGACACCUUCACAUCCAGCUUCCUCGCCCGACGCAUCCGACAUUACUCAUGAUAUCAUUUAUUCCGACGACUGCGACGACCCUACGCGUUCACCUAGUUCUCUUUCAGUAUCUUCAUUUCAGGAAACAGCAGACCCAUCUCACGAAAACUCUUCCUCACCAACUGGGUCAGGAACCUUUGGCGUCUUUACACGAUUAACAAACUUUGUUCAUGGCUCACCUGUCACCCCCUUGACGCAAUCCCCCAAUCCCCCUUCAUCAUGGUCCACUUUUGGUCGUCGAGCCAUCCGUGGCGAACGGUCAACUUCGCACACCACAGAUGUUGGCACAAGUUCGCGCCCUUCCAGUAGCGGCACAUCUCACAGUCAUACGCCGCCAUCCACGACUCGUUCCCGUAUUGGUACUCCGGAUGAUACGCCUGGGAGUGCUUUUGGCUCCAUUUCAUCCCCUUCAUCAGGCUUCACAUUCGGUUCACAUGGGCCCGGUCCGAGAGCAGUGGGAUCAUCACCCCCUCCGCCGCUACCACCUUUGAGCCAUCCAGCAUUUAGCACCCUCGAUGAGAACAAUAGCAAUGUUGCUGUUGGUAAUGACGGUUCGAAGGACGAGGAGACAGCAUUCUUUUCUGACCACGGGCCUAGACCAUCAUCUUCCAUGCCUGCCAUGCGAUCCAGUUCGCAACCAAGUUCAAGCUGGUUGACAGAAUCUAGCUCCAGACCGAGACUCCAGGAUAUCUUUUCCAGUCCCGUUUCCUCGCCAGCAAUAUCGCGUAGGACAUCCAGACGAAGCACCGUCAGCAGAGGGUCCAACAGACAGCGCCGACAUAGAUCAAAAAGCGCAAGUUCUAGCAGAAAACGCGGCGAAAGUGGCGGUGAAAGACAUGACAUUUCUGGACAAGGAUCAAGGCGUGCAGUUUUGACACCAUCCGAAAAUGGUAAUCAAGCACGUGGGAACAGUUCCAGUCAGGUGUUUAAUUUGGGGUCUCCGUUCUUAUUUCAAGGCAUUUCUGUCGGUGCGUUCCCUUAUCUUCCCACUGUCACGUCGCAGGCGACUCUAAUUAGUGGUGUUCACGAUCCUAGCGUACCCCCAUCCUCAUAAUUUAUCGGACACAACCACUUCUUCAAUACCAAGUCACGAAAAAUCAGCAGAAAUCCUCAUGUCUAUCGAUACAGUACCCGGUAUCUCCAACACGGAAAGCAGUAAAACUCGGAGUCAGAGUCGUAAAGGCGGAAGUGCCA